UGACAACCCAAUAGAACCUAUCUGCCUCCUCUACUAUUUGGGAAACAGAACAGGCUUUCUCCAACUUUUUAAUUCUCAUUUCUUCCUGUAGGAGUUUAACAAUAACUGCAGCAACAACAACACUAAUAGCAUCUAAUCCAUUGAGUGCUGGUAUGUGCCAGACACUGUCCUCAGCAUUUCACAAGUAUUGUUUAAUUCUCACAACAAUCCUUUGAAAUAGGUAUUAUUCUUAUUUCAAUUUUACAAGUGAGGAAAUUGAGUCUGAAUCCAGAAUCUUUCAUCCUAACUAUACACUGUUCUGUCUCCUGUUUGAGAACAUGAAAUUUUGGGGUGGAAAAUGCCAAAGAAAGCAAUCCAACAUUUCUCAGCCUGAUCUAGUCAUCAUCCACCCUUUCUCAGCCACAAGAGCAUUCCAUGUGAGAACCACUUGCAGCAAGAUGUUUGAGAACUGAAGUGAGAAUCAGGACAUGGAUUAUGGAUUUGCCACCACUCCAAACCUUCUCAGGUCCAAUUCAUGUACUGUGUUGGGGAGGAGCGUGGAGGAUGAGGCACCUUUUUAAAAUUGUGGUAAAAAAAACCAAAACCAACCAACCAAACAAGAAAACACUAGGCACUCUUCAGUAUGGCAGACUGCAACACCCCCAGGCCUGACUAAGGAAUGACAAUAUGGAAGGCAGAUGGCAAAUGCAUAGAUGCCACACUAUUGCCUUUCAGUUAAAUAUUGCGUGGUUUUUUUUUUCUUUCUUGUAAACCUCCCAAAUCAAAUGGUUUGCUUUCCUCAAGUUAGAAGUGUUAGCAUGUCUUUUCUUUAAAUAUCUGUGGAUGGCUGUUUUUUUCCCUGCCAAUUUGUCACCAUCUGUAACCCUCCGUUUGUGAGAUGAUCUGAUGACAACAAUUAUCUUUAAGAGUAAAAGUGCAGUCUUGGAGCAACAUGUAAGAACAGAGUCAGUGUGGGCUGUGUGUGUGUGUGUGUGUGUUGUAUGUAUGUGGCAUGUGUGUAGAUUGUGUGUUGGGCUGGGAGCCUUGUGCAGGUAUACACUGUGUGUGAGUAGGCAGUGUGUACAUUUGGUGAGUGUCUUGCGUGUAUAUGGACUGUGUAUUGGGUUGGGUGCUUGCCUGUGUACUUGGGUCUAUGUGCUCUCUCUUUGUAGACAUCGUGUGGACACCCUGUAUGUGGGUCAACUCCUGGGCUGCUCUGUAUGUGCUGGCUGAAAAGGGGCUGUGCGCAUUGCUGGGGGAUGUUCCUCACAAGGGCAUAAUUUCUCAGAAGUCUUUAAAGGGAAUGAUGGUGGAGUACAAACGGUCCACGCUGCGGGAUGAAGACGCACCCGAGACCCCCGUAGAGGGCGGGGCCUCCCCGGACGCCGUGGAGGUGGGAUUCCAGAAGAGAACAAGACACCCCUUAGGCUUGCACACACAGCUGGAACUCAUCUUGGCAGGUGUCUCUCUACUGCUGGCUGCACUGCUUCUGGGCUGCCUCGUGGCCCUGGGAGUCCAGUACCACAGAGAUCCAUCCCACAGCACCUGCCUCACAGAGGCCUGCAUUCGAGUGGCUGGAAAAAUCAUGGAGUCCCUUGACCGUGGGGUGAGCCCCUGUGAGGACUUUUACCAAUUCUCCUGUGGAGGCUGGAUUAGGAGGAACCCCCUGCCCGACGGGCGUUCUCGCUGGAACACCUUCAAUAGCCUCUGGGACCAGAACCAGGCCAUACUGAAGCACUUACUUGAAAACGCCACCUUUAAUUCCAGCAGCGAAGCUGAGCGGAAGACACAACGCUUCUACCUAUCCUGCCUACAGGUGGAGCGCAUUGAGGAGCUGGGAGCCCAGCCGCUGGCAGACCUCAUUGAAAAAAUUGGUGGUUGGAAUGUUACGGGGCCUUGGAACCAGGACAACUUCAUGGAGGUGCUGAAGGCAGUAGCAGGGACCUACAGGGCCACCCCUUUCUUCACUGUCUACGUCGGUGCCGACUCUAAGAGUUCCAACAGCAAUGUUAUACAGGUGGACCAGGCUGGGCUAUUUCUACCCUCUCGAGAUUACUACCUAAACAGGACAGCCAAUGAGAAAGUGCUUACUGCCUACCUGGAUUACAUGGAGGAGCUGGGGAUGCUGCUAGGCGGACAGCCAGCCUCCACGCGGGAGCAGAUGCGGCAGGUGCUGGAGUUGGAGAUACAAGUGGCCAACCUCACAGUGCCCCAGGACCAGCGUCGGGAUGAGGAGAAGAUCUAUCACAAGAUGAGCAUCGCAGAGCUGCAGGCCUUGGCGCCUUCCAUGAACUGGCUGGAGUUCCUGUCUUUCUUGCUGUCACCGCUGGAGCUGGGUGACUCUGAGCCCGUGGUGGUGUAUGGGACAAAUUAUUUGCAGCAGGUGUCAGAGCUCAUCAACCGCACGGAGCCCAGCAUCCUGAACAAUUACCUGAUCUGGAACCUAGUGCAGAAAACAAGCUUGAGCCUGGACCGACGCUUUGAGUCUGCGCAAGAGAAGCUGCUGGAGACCCUCUAUGGCACCAAAAAGUCCUGCAUGCCAAGGUGGCAGACCUGCAUCUCCAACACAGAUGAUGCCCUUGGCUUCGCUUUGGGCUCCCUCUUUGUGAAGGCCACGUUCGACCGGCAAAGCAAGGAAAUUGCAGAGGGGAUGAUCAGCGAAAUCCGGACUGCCUUUGAGGAGGCCCUGGAUCAGCUGCCAUGGAUGGAUGAGAGGACCCGUCGGGCCGCCAAGGAGAAAGCAGAUGCCAUCUAUGAUAUGAUCGGUUUCCCGGACUUUAUCCUGGAGCCUAAAGAGCUUGAUGAUGUUUAUGAUGGGUAUGAAGUCUCUGAAGAUUCCUUCUUCCAGAACAUGUUGAAUUUGUACAACUUCUCUGCUAAAGUGAUGGCGGACCAGCUCCGAAAGCCUCCCAGCCGGGACCAGUGGAGCAUGACCCCCCAGACUGUGAAUGCCUACUACCUUCCAACCAAGAAUGAAAUUGUCUUCCCUGCUGGCAUCCUGCAAGCCCCCUUCUAUGCCCGCAACCACCCCAAGGCCCUGAACUUUGGUGGCAUCGGCGUGGUGAUGGGCCAUGAGUUGACACAUGCCUUUGAUGACCAAGGACGCGAGUAUGACAAGGAAGGGAACCUACGGCCGUGGUGGCAAAAUGAGUCACUGGCAGCCUUCCGGAAUCACACGGCCUGCAUGGAGGAGCAGUAUAGCCAGUACCAGGUCAAUGGGGAGAAGCUCAAUGGCCGCCAGACGCUGGGGGAGAACAUUGCUGACAACGGGGGGCUUAAGGCUGCCUACAACGCUUACAAAGCGUGGCUGAGAAAGCACGGGGAGGAGCAACAGCUGCCAGCCGUGGGGCUCACCAACCACCAGCUCUUCUUUGUGGGAUUUGCCCAGCACCAGACUUCCCCAUGAAGAGCUAUACUUGGGCCUCUGUCAAGUUCCUCACCAAGGGAAGGAAAUAGCUGGCUACUCAGAAAGGACCAAAGUGGCCUUGGGAACUCUAAGACUAAGUGAAGGCAUGACUUGAGCCUCUGAGAACAUGACUCUAGGAGGGACAGCAAAAUGUAUUGGAAAGAGGAGGACCAUCACAUCUGGAAACCUGAUUCUGGCUCCAGCUCUACCACCCCCUACAUAUGUGACACUGGGCAUGUCUCAUCCCCUCUUCAGAGCUCAGUAUCCUUAGCAGUCUUUAAAAUAAGUGGGUUGGAUGAGGCGAUGUCUGAGGACUAGUUCAGCUUUAAUGUGUUAAGAAGGAAUUCAUGGGCUUAGCAAAUUCCAGAACCCAAAGAAAUAUUAAGAAAUGACUUGUGAAGCUUGGGUGUUACACAGAAGAUGAGAUUUAUAAUGUCAGACAGCAUAGUGAGUGAGGAGAGAAGCUUGGCAGCAUAAUGUCUUGCCUUUCCCGUGACACCUGAUUUAAGAGGCCAACCUAGGAUGCUGACCAGCUGGCCAUUGUGACAUAGAAACUCCAAUUUGCAGAAAGGUCAACAUGUCUAAUAAUAGUACUGCUACUACUACUACUACUACUACUACUACUACUACUACUAAUAAUAAUAAUAAUAAAAUAAGCAGCUUUCAUUUAUUGAGUCCUUAUUUUGCUUAAGCCUGUCCUAAGGUCUUUAAAAACAUCAUCUCAUUAAAUUGCCACAAUAACUCAUAAGGAGGCUCUAUCAUUGUCUCUGUUGUACAAGUAGAGAAACUAAGGGAAAAGAUUACAUAACUUCCAAUGUCAGAUUGCAUUAAAAUAACAUUUGGGACUCAGAUGCUCUUAAUCACCAUCAUUUAGUUUUCUAAGUCAUGACAGAGUUUAGACUCAAGCAUAAACAUCUGUCUUCUGGUCGAUUUCCUCAUACUUCCAAGUGAGACCUUCACCAGCAGGUGCGUUUCUAUGCUACUCAGCUCCCCUGGGCCAGGCACAUGUGACACUCAGGCAGCUGCAGGAAACAGAGGCACAUAUUGGAGUGAAAUUAAGCCAGGUAGCACCUGUUUGUUGAGCACUCUGCAGGUCCUUGGUUCCAGAGGCAAGGUAAGGUGAACAUCAGGUGACAGAACUUUACCCUUAGUAGCCCUGCCAAGCUGAUGAAUAUGCACCUGUGAAAUGCUCUGGUGUGUUAAGGCAGGAGAAGGGUGAAAGAUGGUACUCCCAGGUGGGCACCUGAGAGCCGUUAUUGGUAAGGUGCUGGGCCAUGCCCUACAUUAUCCCACUGGGAAGUUUGACUAAUUCCUUGCACAAUCAGGUAACAAAUGCCAACAAUAUGAUUUCACACUUGGAAACACACUGGACAUGUCAGGCUGGAAGAGAGUCCCCUAUAAAAUAAGCAGUUUCAGUGGGCUCAUAAUGACUCACAAAUGCAGAAUCCGGACAGUUUCCCAAUGCCCAGCUAUGGGUUCCAAAGACAGUCCCUGAUGGGCCAUUACUAUACAUAAAGAUGACCUGAAGAUGAAUGCAAAGUCAUUCAUUCAUUCAUUCAUUCAUUCAUUCAUUCAAGAAAUAUUUGUCAAGACCUACCACAAGCCAGGCAUUAGGUUGAAUGCUAGGGGCACAAAGAUGAAUAAGACACAGUUCCUGUCUUCUAAGAGAUCAGAGUCUAGGGAGGGAGAGGUAUGUAUCAAGCGUGGUGAGAGCACAGGAAAGAAAUUAACUUGAAGGGUAGAAUAGGAAAAGCUUUCUAGACAGGUGACAUUGAGCUCAAGUGCAGAGGAUACGAGAAUUUGUUAGCUGAAAACAAUGAAGGGCAUUCCAUUCAGAAGGAAUAGCAAUGUGAAAAGGUUGAAGGGCAGGGCGUGUUCAGAAAUGGUGAAAUGUUUAGGAUGACUAAAAGGAGCAUAAUGAGAGGUGAGAAUCCAGAGAAGGGAAGCUGUAACAGUAGAUAUGAAAAGAGGGGAUUGUGACAUCUGCUAUCCUGGGAAUUAAUAGUAAGAAGGGCCACAGUGCAGUCUGACUAAAAAAUAUCACACGAAGAAAGUAGCAACCUAGUGGAAACAGUGCAAAGUUGUGUCCUGCCAGGAGUACUGGUCUUAUGUAAGUGAUGCUUGCAUUGUGAAUGGUUCUCAGGUGAGUAGAGCCAUCCAUAAGAUGUGUAGCUGUACAUCUCAGGCCAUCAGUUUGGGGGCAGCAUGGCAGGGUUGUGGAUGCAAUUUGAAGGAGGGUGUAGGAACGAACAGGUAAUGAGCUGGUCCCUGACUGGAGAGCAAUUUGGCCACAAGGCUGGGAGUUUGGCCAAACGGUAGAAAGGAGUACUUCUGGGAGGGCAAUUUGACUGAACCGAAGCUUGAGGCAGGACCUCAGUGUUAUCAUGGUGCCCUGAAAAUUACUGCCAGACAUUUGCAUUUGGCUAGAGAGGCUUAAGGGCUUGAAUGCUUGGAGGUGGGGAGCGGGAAACAAGAAUGUUUACCUCUUGGGCCAGCCGAGUGGUACAUUGGUUAAGAGUUGGCUUG